AGUACCCUUCUAAACCCAGCCUCCCUGGAUUGGCAAAACCCUAAACAAAGUUCACUGACGCUCUUUCUUCUUCCCCUUCACUUUAAACGCCAUUUCUCCAGCUUUGAUUUUCCAUCCAUGGCGUCCAAAAUGGCGAUUCUCUCUAGAACUCACACUCUAAUCAGAACCACAAACCUCAACAACGUCUGCUUCUUCAAGCCCAUUUCCACCUUCACAUUUCUCUCUCAAGAACCUCAGCUCGCUGAUGAACCAGUGGGCAUUCCUUCAACUCCACUUCCUCCGAAUCCCGCCUCUGGUAGCCCAUUUUACAACAACAACUGGCGGGAUCCAAUCCCCAACUCUUUUAUGGCUCCGUCUCUGAACCCCCCUGGGUUCCUUAACCAAUCCCCUAGCUCUCGCAUUCAAGCAUUGUCUCAAACGCUUGAUGUUCAGAGCUUGUUGAACGUUUUUGCUGAUUGGAUGGCUUCUCAGCGCUGGGAAGAUAUGAAGCAGUUGUUUGAGUUUUGGAUUCGGUCGUUGGAUAAGAAUGGCAAGCCUAAUAGGCCAGAUGUUAACUUGUACAACAAUUAUUUGAGGGCGAACUUGAUGGUUAACGCCACGGCUGGGGAGCUACUGGAUCUAGUGGCCCGAAUGGAGGACUAUGCGAUCGCACCCAACACUGCAUCAUUCAAUUUAGUAUUAAAGGCGAUGCACAGGGCUAAGGAGGUCGUGGCUGCUGAAAAAUUGAUUGAACGUAUGUUGCAGACAGGAGAAGGGUCAAUGCCUGAUGAUGAAUCAUAUGAUCUAGUAAUUGGCAUGCUGUUGUCAACAGAUCAAAUUGAUGCUGCCUUGAAAUAUAUUGACUUGACUUUAAAAUCAGGUCAUAUGCUUGAGUUGAGUGUGUUCACUGAAUGUUUGCGGUGCUGUAUUAGAAAGGGGAGGCUGGACACGCUGGUGUCGGUAAUUGAUAGGUGCAAGGAAACUGCUCAGAAUAAAGCUCUUUGCCCGCCAUGGAACUUGUGUAAUCAUAUUGCUGAAGUAGCAACGCAAGAGGAUAAUAGUAAACUAGCUUAUUAUGCUCUAGAAUUUAUGGCCAGAUGGAUUGCUCGAGGUGAAAAUGGAAGGCCUUCAGUUCAUCUUCCAGUAGAUGAAGGAAUAGUUGUAUCAGCUCUUGGAACUGCAGGUAGGACCUACAGCUCUUCUCUUUUAGAUGCAGCUUGGGCAAUUCUAAAGCGCUCAUUGCGAAAAAAGAAGGUUCCAAAUCCUGAAUCUUACCUCGGAAAGAUUUAUGCUCUUGCAUCAUUUGGGGAUCUGCAGAGGGCCUUUACUACCCUACAUGAGUAUGAAGCGGCUUAUAGGACUUCUGAUGAUGGAGCUGGUGAAGAAUUGUUUUCUCCAUUCACUUCUUUAUAUCCAUUAGUUGUGGCAUGCUCUAAAAAGGGUUUUGAGACCCUGGAUACGGUUUAUUUUCAACUGGAAAACUUGAGCCGUGCAGAUCCUCCUUACAAGUCUGUUGCUGCAUUGAAUUGUGUGAUUUUAGGCUGUGCAAAUAUAUGGGAUGUUGAUCGUGCAUACCAAACGUUUGAAGCAAUUGGUUCUAGUUUUGGUUUGACCCCUGAUAUCCAUUCAUACAAUGCACUGAUGUACGCGUUCGGAAGGCUAAAGAAGACAUUUGAAGCUGCAAGGGUGUUUGAACACUCUGUAGGUUUGGGCGUCAAACCAAAUGCAACAUCUUAUUCAUUGCUUGUUGAUGCUCAUCUCAUUAACCGUGAUCCCAAAUCUGCUCUCUCUGUGAUUGAUAAUAUGGUAAUUGCUGGAUUUGCACCUUCAAAAGAAAUGCUGAAAAAGGUGAGGAGGCGAUGCAUUCGAGAGCAAGAUUACGAUAGCAAUGAUAGGGUGGAUUACUUGGCCAAAGAUUUCAAAAUUCGAAUGGGAACAGAGAAUCGUAAGGAUACUCUGUUCAAUCUGGACUACGGCACCAAUUCUGUUGCAUAGGCGGACAUUCCUACUUGGAAAAUCUGAGCUGCGGUAAUAGGUAUGCCAAGAAAUGUUCUUAUAUUUGUAAAUUAUUUGAGUCUACAAGUUUCAAUCAUGGCGGGAUGAAUGUUAGGAUCAUGUCUGUUUUUGCUCAUUUUAGAUUCAAAUAUAUUUGUUUGAUGCCUUCAGAGAAAAUUAGAGAAGCAAAACUGAGUAGUCCAUACAUUUUGAUUUUGGUGAAUAAUAUGGCCGACUGGAAUUGAUUUCUAUGACUCCGUCAAGCAUUAGAUGCUACGAGAGUAUGAAUAAUUCUUAUUAAUUGUCUAUUACUUCAACAUGCUUUCUAGAAAAUGAUAGCAAAUUUGUAAUGGUAAAAUUAUAGUAUGAUCAAAGAGAGUGGGAUACUUUUACUGUC